AUGUCUUCUACUACACCACCUGCAAACCCCAUCACGCCAACCCCCCCAGGUCUAAACGUCAUAGCCCUGAUCUCCGGAGGGAAGGAUUCCUUGUACUCCAUCUUGCACUGUCUUCGCAAUGGCCACAACGUGGUAGCCUUGGGGAAUCUGCACCCUGCUCAGAAGCAAAGUGCGAGCGCGGACGGAGAUGGGGAGGAAGAAGAAGAGGACGACAUCGACAGCUUCAUGUAUCAGACUAUCGGCCACAAUGUUAUCCCGCUUUAUGAGUCGGCGCUGGGGAUCCCGCUUUACAGGGCGCCGAUCACAGGCGGGGCGGUUGAUACGGCGAGAGUCUAUCGCGAGGAUGCGGUGGAUCAGAUGGCUGAUGAUGCUGGUCGGGGGUCUGGGUCUGGUUCUGGUGCCGGUGAUGGUGAUGGGGAAGGGGAGGAAGAUGAAACUGAGUCAUUGGUGCCGCUUCUUCGGCGCAUCAUGCGCGCUCAUCCGGAAGCGAAUGCCGUCUCUGCGGGCGCCAUCCUGUCGACGUACCAGCGCACUCGGAUCGAGAAUGUAGCGGCACGUUUGGGCCUGGUUCCGCUGGCUUGGCUGUGGCAGUAUCCGAGUCUCCCGGCGCCCGGGGAGCGAGCGGAGCUGUCGGCGAUGAUGCCGGACGUGGCGGAUGCCGGGCUGUUGGAGGAUAUGGCGGCCGUCGGCUGCGAGGCGAGAGUGAUCAAGGUGGCGUCGGGGGGUCUGGAUGAGGGGUUCUUGUGGGGGGAUGUUUCGUCGGCGGAUGGAGCGCUGCGGAGACGCAUUGCGAAGGCAAUGAAGAGGUUUGCGGAUGCGGAGGAUAUUCGCGGAGCUGUCUUGGGGGAGGGUGGGGAGUAUGAGAGCCUGGCGUUGGAUGGGCCGGGGUUCUUGUGGAAGCGGAGGAUAGAGAUUCAGGAGAGGGAGGUGAGGUCUGGGGAUGGAGGUGUUGGGUUCAUGAGGUUGAAGGGGGCGAGGUGUGUGGAUAAGGAGGAGCAGGAGGAUUUGAAGCCGGAGGAUGUCAGGCGGCCUGCCUUGCUGGACGAGGACUUCGCAAGCGCCUUGGAUGGCUUGUCGGCGGAGUCUUCGCUUUCUUCUACGGAGAAGGCGGCUGAGACUGGCCCUUGGGAAUGUUCUGAUGUGUCGCAGUCGACGAACGGAGGGACAUGGACAGUGUCCAACGUCACAGCGCCAGAGGCUGGUCCUGGAGCAGCUGAGCAGAUGGAAGCCAUUGCACAAAAGAUCCGGAAAAUCUUGGACUCGACGGUUCAUGAUACUGAGUCUGGUGUGCGAACAACGGCAGACAUUGUCUUCACUACGGUGUUACUGCGGUCUAUGGCUGAUUUCCCGUCCAUGAACGGCAUCUACGUCUCGUUGUUUAAGAAGCCCAACCCCCCUGCCAGAGCUACUGUUGCUUGUGGCGACGGUCUUCCGGAAGGGGUGAACGUUAUGGUCUCACUGGUGGUAGAUUUGGGACCUCGAGAUUUACGCCAGGGGCUUCAUGUUCAGUCGCGGUCCUACUGGGCUCCGGCCAAUAUUGGACCGUACUCGCAGGCCAUGUCGAUUCCCUUGCAAGGAACAGAGCGGUUGGUGUACAUCGCGGGCCAAAUACCUCUCGAACCGGCUUCAAUGGAACUGCCUAGUGCAUCUCCCGGCCCGAAGCCAUCUUGGUUUGAGACCUACGCUUUGCGAGCUGUGCUGUCCUUGCAACAUCUGUGGAGAAUUGGCAAAGCUACGCAGGUCGAUUGGUGGCUGGGGACAGUGGCAUUCCUUUCGGGAGCAGACGCAAUAGACCAGAAGGCCGCAGUCGCCUGGCACCUGUGGGAUACCAUGCAUAGUCGACGUGAAGGCGAUGAUGAAGAGGACGAAGAGCCAGCACUGGAUGCUUGGGAUAUCAAAUAUGGAGGACGCGCACAUGAGCAGCAAAGCCCCGCGGGAACAUCCACAUUCCCUAACUUUUCGGUGGUGCAGUCAGACUACCAGGUACCAGCCUUUUUCGCCGUCCAGAUUGCAGAAUUGCCCCGCGGCAGUGACAUUGAAUGGCAAGGCCUGGGAUACCGGUGCGACGAAGUAAAGUUGACCACGGAAGACACCGAUCUUGGGCGCAGGGUUGAUGCGUCGACCAAGGAGAAUAUGCGCUACACGGCCAUUGAAAUCGACCAGGACCAGUCGGGACCAAGUCUAGAGUCCAGUCUGCAGCGGGCCAUGGAAAUGUAUUCCGAACGGCCAGGAAAGGUCCAUGCCGUCGUAUACACCGCGCAACCGCUGCGCAGCGGUGUUUGGCCCGGCCAGAUCGUCCCGUGUCAGUCAGUCUGGGGCCGACAAGGAAGACGACUGGCGGCCGGGGGAUUGCUUCCUAGCAAUAAUCUCGCUGACCUGGGGAAACCCUCCUCGAGUCAUCCUCGACAAUUCUCCCGGUCGCCUCACCCGUACUAUCGAAAAGGCUUGAAUUGUCCCGACCCGCAGUUGCUGCCUACGGAACCGGGCGACCGCUCGCAACACCCCCAUUGGACACGGACGUCCAGCGACAGCGGGACUGAAGCUGAUGACGAGAGCACGGGGAUAUUAAAGGGAUUGCCGGCGCCGCCUCUGCGACCGCGAAAGGGCUUGCGCUCCGGCUGGAAUGGCGCCGCGGAGACCGACCAGUGGUUGCCGUUGCUGCAGCCGUGGCCUUCGUUUGUGCGGUCUGCGUCCCGGAGCUCGCAGCGGAGCUCGAGCGAGGAGGUGGAAGCGGGCGUGACGGAGUUGCGCAAGAAGGUUAACAAAAGGCGACGCAUUGAGAUCCUGCGACGACUGUUGGAGGCGGGCUUGCUCUUCUCCGUGGGCGCGGUUGUUUUGGGGCAGGAGAGUGCCAGGUCGCUUGCCUGGACAUGGAAGAAAGAGCUCCUGACCCACGCCCUUCUCGUCACCGGACUAUACGCGACCUACCCAUUUGCCAAAAACGGACGCAUGCGCUUUUCCAAACUAUCAUCUUUUAUCAUCCCAUCCUCGUUCGAUCCUGCUCCACUCUUGUACCCGAUAUUUAUACCAGUUUACGUUUCUUUGUCUUUAUCCCACCAAAGCGCCGCUCUUGUACUACCGAACAUUCUUCUCAGUCUUUCUUCUUUACCGGCCGCAGUCAUUCCACUACACGAGUGGACGCAUGGCGACAGCAUCGCGCAUUGGAUCAUCACGUUGAUUCCGAUUGUGGUCUCGGAGCAUCUCUCGGGGGACAACACUGUGCCCCUGCCUCUGAACCUGCGCGGCCUUAAUUCCGAGCUUUUGACUCUUGUUUUCCCUUUGCAUCAAGCGUUGAUACCCACUUUAGAUUUCUUGUUGACUUCCAGUGUCCUUCCGGCCGAACUCCAGCUCCUCACCACUGCUCUCAUUAAUCUGUUUCUUUUUGCGGUUUCCCCCCAGGCCGAGAUCCUCAAGGCGCUGCUAUGGCUCGGAAGCAUUUGUAUUUUUAUCUCUUGUCGACAGAUCCUACGCUGGGAGGUGGCAUUAGCCCGAAUCCCCAGUUGGAAAUUCCGACGGUCCCCCAGCACGUCCCAGACCCCCAAGAAUAUCCUCAAUUUCAUCGACCACAAGCUCUGUCAGAAACUCAGUCGAACGGGCUCCUCGGAAGAGCUCCUGUCGGACAGCGACUCGCCCGAGAGUCACCUGGCACCGAUCUCUCGCAGGACGACGCAUGAGCUGCGGGAGAAAGUCUCGUCUGGAGAACAACCUUUUGCGGCUGGCAAAGGACCCACGGAGGAGAAACAUCGACAGCAGCCUGCCGCUCGCCGCCGACGGCACACAAUUUCAACCUUCGACGAGGUUGCUCGCUCGGAGCGGGUCAGGACCACUCCCAGCGGCCGACGAAAGCGUUCCAUGGCCCCGGGAUUGGCCUCGUUUCUAUCCUUGACGGUACCCCAAGCGCAGGUGCGGAAGUGGCUUUAUGCUCUCUACGUGUACUUGGCCGUGGUGGCCAUCAUUCUAGGCCCAGUCCGUAAAUACGUGGGCCAACGGGCGUUGGAUGGCGCCGAACCGUUCGGAUGGGCCCUCGGAUAUUUACUUGGCAACGUCUCCUGGUUUCGGUUCUGGGUGGUGAUGGGCAAUCUGGAGAGCUGGAUUGUUCUCCCCGCACGCCUGGACCGCGAGAUGAUGCAUGCGACCUGCUCCCUAGGAUGGGUGGAGCACCUCCGGCAAUGGACUUUUGGGGAGGCCAACACGCGUCUUUUGAUCAUUGCCUACUGCGCCGCAGUCAUUUUGACGGGUCUGGGCGUGGUCUUCCAGCUUAGUGCCGUCGUGGAAGUCGAUACCAGGCGCAAGGUCUUUCAUGGCAUGAUGGUGCUGAUGUUUCUGCCGACCAUUUACGUCGACCCUGCCUUUUGCGCCCUUGCGUUGGGAUUGGUGCUCGCCAUCUUCCUUCUCCUCGACCUAUUCCGGGCCUCUCAGCUGCCGCCCAUUUCGCGACCGUUGACCUAUUUCCUGGCCCCCUACGUCGACGGGCGCGAUCAUCGCGGACCGGUCAUCGUCUCACACAUCUUUCUCCUGAUCGGAUGUUCCAUCCCCCUCUGGCUCUCGUUGACCGACGUCUCUCGAACGGGCGAUCGCCCCUGGAGCGGAUGGGACGUUCUGUCUCGCGACGUCAGUAUGGUCAGCGGCGUGAUCUGCGUCGGCAUGGGAGAUGCGGCGGCGUCGCUCAUAGGCCGGCGAUUCGGGCGACUGAAAUGGUUCUGGGGAGGCGGAAAAUCGCUCGAGGGCAGCGUGGCCUUUGCGGUCGCCGUGACUAGUGGACUGGCGAUUGCGCGGGUCUGGCUGGCGGUGGGCCAAUGGAGCGUCAGUGGAAGCCACGGGGAGGCCCAUCCUGGCUGGUUGGCGACGCUGGUCAAGGCGGCCUUUGCGGCUGCAGGCACCAGCGCCACGGAAGCCAUUUUGACCGGGUGCAACGACAACGUCGUCGUGCCGAUUAUUCUCUGGCUGCUGGUCCGAGGACUGGGGGUGUGA